AUGUCUGCAAAAGUUAAUAACUAUUUAAAUUAUGUAAAUGUAAAUUCUAAAUCUCUUGAUAUAUCCAAAUGUUGUAAAUACUUAAUCUACUUUUUAUACGACAAAGAAAUCAAUAUUUUACUUUCUGAGAACAUUAAAAAUUGGUAUGAUGAGAAAUGUUUCGAUUUCGUAAUAUGUAACGAGCAUAAAGAGGAUGUUAAAUAUGCAAAAUAUAUAAAACUUUAUGAACUAUUUACAAUAUAA